CUGACCGCGACUACUGGGCCAGGUUACUUUUACAGUUCACCAUUUUGUACUUGGACAAUGUCAAAGAAUCUGUUUGCCAAGGCUGUGGAAGAUGCUACACUUGAAAUAACGACAUCUUACGAUGGAUCACGGAAUUUCGGAGGAAAAGGUAAUCAUUUUACAAAGUAUGCGUUAUGGUUUCUUACACUGUACACUCGAUCUCGAAUUGAAUUUGCAUAUACUAUGUGGUCCUGGCCUACGGUCCGCUACCAGGGUUCGAAAUUAACGGGCGUCCAGUCGUCAGAGACGACCAAAAUUUGACCCUGACGACCAAAUCUCUGAACAUGGUUGCCCCUUGGACGACCAUAGGGGGCCCACACAAUAGGUUUGUGUAGCCGAUUGUUAUUUUAUAGUAAAUGUACUGGAUUUACCGUUUGCUUCACCUAUAGCGAUAUAUCGCUAACUAUGUAUAUAAAUCAAUGAUAAAUAAACGUUGAAUUACCUUACCUGUGGUGUAUAGUCGUCCUUUUGCCUCAAAAGCGGUUUUUUGAGCGAUUUUGAAUGAAUUUGAGUUCGCGGUUGACUGUUCCAUAUAAUAGAAGGACAAGGGAGGAAUCCUUGUUUUGAAAGGGUUCCAGCGCCGGAGCGAUUUUUCCCCCCAAAAUCGCAUCGCUCCGCUUUCAAACUUCGCAGCAUAAAGGUCAAAAGAUUCAUGAUUCUUCUCGUACCUUCCAAUCGAAAAUCCAUCCGAACAGCCCGGAGCUAGCCCUCGAAGAAAAUCAAAAUCCCACAGUAUUCGAGCGACUGGAAUGCGUAGCAAGAUCCAUACGUGCCAGCCACAAACCGUCCCGCUAAUUGCCUUUUUUUUUUAUUGGAUGUUGUUAAACAAAUGGUUAAAUAACAACUGAUGAAGAAGACUUGGUAAGCGUUUGUUGUUUAGCGACAUCUAAUCAAAAAGAGGCAAUCAGUGGGACGGUUUCUGGCUGGCACGUAUGAAUCUUGCUACGCAUUCCAGUCGCUCGAAUACUGUGGGAUUUUGAUUUUCUUCGAGGGCUAGCUCCGGGCCGUUUGGAUAGAUUUUCGAUUGGAAGGUACGAGAAGAAUCGUGAAUCUUUUGACCUUUAUGCUGCGAAGUUUGAAAGCGGAGCGAUGCGAUUUUUGGGGGAAAAAUCGUUCCGGUGCUGGAACCCUUUCAAAACAAGGAUUCCUCCCUUGUCCUUCUAUUAUAUGGAACAGUCAACCACGAACUCAAAUUCAUUCAAAAUCGCUCAAAAAACUGCUUUUGAGGCAAAAGGACGACUAUACACCACAGGCAAGGUAAUUCAACGUUUAUUUAUCAUUGAUUUAUAUACAUAGUUAGCGAUAUAUCGCUAUAGGUGAAGCAAAUGGUAAAUCCAGUACAUUUACUAUAAAAUAACAACUUAAGAUAUGAACAAUUAUCAUUAUAAUGGAAAAUUAUAAUCCUAAGUCAGUGUUUCUGCUUGAUAAAUGGUAAACUAAGUCUUUAAAAAUUAUCACUUCUUUUCCUUUUCUUUACAAUUCAUACGUACGUAGCGUACGUGUACGGAGUAAUUGUCCGCCAUCUUGUUUUGCGUUUACCGCUGCGCAGUAGGACUAACACCCAAGCUCCAAGAAAAUUCCCGGAUGUACAUGCCAUGUGCUUCUUUUAAAAUCAUGGCGGACUCACUAAAGCAGAACAGUUUGUUGCGGUAUUUACGCACAUCAGACAACGAGAAAGAAGUUCAAAGGAAACGAAAGGAACUAUCUAACGCAUUUUCUGACAAAGAGACUGAGGAACUUUCAGCAAGCAAGAAAACUCGAGCAGAGGCAGAAUUGUCUAAACCUAAACAAAACGCCCGGUCAAUGCGAACAUUUCAAACGCAAUGGAAGAAAGUUAAUAGUUAUUAAACCAUGCCAUGUAUUAGUCACUGACAGGCUUUUUCUAAUGUAUAUUACAAGUUUUUAGUCCCUUAGUUUAUUUGACGCCUAGAUUUCACCUUGGACGCCUAGAAGUGAAAAAAUGGUUGCCCCAUGGGCAACCUAGUUGAAAAGUUAAUUUUGAACCCUGGCUACUAAAAAUUGUUAUCGUGAAUAUCUUACCUGAAUCAUAUCGUAACGAGCUGAAAUACCUCCUAAAGAUAGCUUUAAUGUUCCUCUCGUUAAUCGUGAAGUUGCAAGUUCCAACCUUAAGUAUUACUGAAUAUAGUUCGAAAACAGGCGACCGUGCUCCCGGACCUUGGUCUGCGAGUGUGGCCCUUGGUCCGCGAAUCAGGUAAGCAGCACGGAAAAAAAAGAGAGAAUACGGUAGUUUCCACACGAAGACGUAUUUUCACAAUAUGUCACUAUUCUUGAUGGAAUAAAGCUACAGUUUUUUUCGGGAGUUGUUGAGCGCUUACCAUUUGUAUGGAAAACCUGGAAAUUCCAGGGAGAAUUCAAAUGGAACGGUUCAUCCAGGUGGAAAUAGGCCAUUUUACAGUUAUGGAUGGAAGCGCGGCUGACGGUGACCUUGUUUUGAUACAAACCUUCCUUCUUUAAUAUGUAAAUCAAGUAUGCUAACUAGUAUUUUUCAGGGACAAUUUCCAUAACAAAGCAAAGGAGGUUUGUAUCAAAACAAGGUCACCGUCAGCCUCACAUUCACUUGAAGGCUAGGGUACUAAGUCCACAACUGUAAAAUGGUCUAUUUUCCGGAAACGACCACAACUUUUCUGUACCAUUCGUUUGGAUUACCAGUGCCAGGUUUCAUGUCGAGAGAAGAUGAAAAAUGUACCUAUAUUUUGUAAAUAGUACAACUCAAUCCCGUUCCUGUUCUCGGUGCCAAAACAAAUACCAGUACCAUUUGAUGGAAGUUUUUCACUGAAAUUUCCAUACAAAUGGUAAGCACUCGUUGUCAGUAUAAAAUAAUCUGCUUGUCUUUCAAAGACUUGAGACAACAGUCUCCAACACAAGCGGUUUUCAACACGGUCGAAAAUAAUUACUAAAAACUCUGUAUGUAUUUGAGAUAUUAAGAAAAGAGAACUUGUUAACGUGUAUAGAGAAGAUUUUUAAAACAUUAUUUGAAAAAAAGGCUGCCUCCUUUUAUUUUGUGAAGUGUAUUAAAUUCCACCAAGGUCAAAGGUCGUUGACCAAGGACCACUACGUGAAAUUUGGUGAUAUAUUUCAAGAGUCAACAAAACAAAAAAAUUAAAAAUCUGGGGCAAUGUGCUUUCAGCGGCAGAAAAAGGUUUAUCUGACAAGCUGUUCUGCCAAAAAGCACGUCUUCCCAAUGCGUUUUAUUAUUUUAUUCACAAGCUAAGUAAACAUGACCAUGUAAUUUACGGUUCCACAAAAGGCCAAACUUCAAGAAAGACAAAUUAACCUACCUGUCAACGAACGUUAAUGUCACGUUUUCACCCAUGGAGGGAAAGCUGAAACUUUGUCAUAAGCAAAAAUGCUAAUCAAUAAAUCAUCGGACCGUUCAUUUUUUCCCAUAUUGUAUUUCUCGACCGAAUAUUUAGUCAUGUUUGGAAAAGUCAUGGACCAAGGACCUCACGGACCAAGGACCAUAUACUGUAUUCUGUGUUUUCACUGUCAUGCUAUCAAAAAUGAAACUGCAAACCAGAAAUACAGAAAGUCCAGAAUCUGGGAAAUGGAAGAAGAUAAAUAUACAAGCCAAGAAUCAGGUCUAUGGAAUAACCCAUAUGUGAGAUGUUCACAAAAACGUUUUACUCAAAUUUGUAAGGCUUUGUAUGGAGACGCCAUGUUGAUGUCCAUUUGAGGGGCACAAAUAUGGCCGCCGGAAACUGACAAAAACAUCUGAUUUGGAGUUUUCCUACUUAUGCAUGAAUUUAUCGGUUGAGGAAUUCAUAAAUAUGACCUCACACUCCAUAACAUUCCUUACGGUUUUCCAUGUUCAAAUGGACAGCAGUUCUUAUACAGUUCAUUAGCUGUUCAAACGGCUUGGACUAUCUGUUCAAAAAAAUUGUCAUCCGUUUGAACAACUUGGGAUAUCCGUUUGAAAAAAAUUGUUAUCCCUUCAAACAGCUAAGGCUAUCUGUUCGAAAAAAAUUGUUGACCAUUCGUAUGACUGGAGCUAUCUGUUCAAUCAUAAGUUUUAGCCGAGUUUCCAUCCCAAAACAAUUUCAUCGCCAGCCAUUCACGUUAUUCUCCAGGGCCCAGUUGUUCGAAGGCCAGUGAGCGCUUAACCUGGAGUUAAAUUUAACCCGGGUUUCUAUUUCUUGUGUUCUGAAGCAUUUUCUAGGAUAAUUUUCUCAGGUAUUUUUAGAGCUUCCAAUCAUCAUCUUGUAGACAAAAAGAAUUAAAACUGAAAUGCUUUUUAAGCUUUCAAAUCUGAAUUAAAAUCUCGAACUAACCCUGGGUCAUCUUAACCCAGCUUUGAACAGCUCAGCCCAGGUAUUCUUGAGUGGUCACAUUAAGAAGUUUGUUUACAAAUGCAUCAUGAAUAGUCACCGAUCUUGUUCUGUUACUUUAUAGCCAUUAUCACUUUCACAUUAUCAUUCAAUUAUCGGCCAUAUUGGGGUACACACAUUUUAUUCAAUACUUAAGUUUCUUUUUUCGACAAGUUUCUUGAAAAUAAUGUUUUGACCUUUCACAGAGGUAUGCAAAUAUCAAAUGAUUUGAGAUCAAAGGAUAUGAUACCAUUCAUCAUUUUCUUUGGAAAUUCAAGUGUCUUCUAUGAUAAUCGCAAAACGAAGAACCCUUUUGGAACCUAAAAUUUGUGUAACUAAGGGUUUUUAGGUGCUGUGAUACCUCAUGAAAGUAGAAACUCAGAAGAAUCGAUAGUUUCUUAGUGUGAAUUUUGGUGAUGUCAUGUGAAAACCCCUAAUUAAGAACUUUAUAUCUUAACUUCUUAAGGCUAGUUUUCGCUAGCGAUGGAGUCAGAGUCAUAAGCAGAGUCAUAAGCGGGACGGAAAAGGGUAUCUUUUCAUAAAGUGUAAUAUGAUGCAAAUGCAGUACCUGAGAAGAAGGUUUCAAAUUGCACAUGUUUUGAUACUAUGCAAAUUUGUGAUGUGCUGUCAUGCAAAAAUUGCUUUUCAGCAAAUACACUGUUGUCUUAUGCACCUGUGAAUGUUUUGCAUCAGGAUAGGAGGGGCGGGCAACCCACGGGAAAUUUGACAUUUUAAAUUUUUCAAAAUGUCUAUUUCCACACCUCCACAUCUCCAUUUUCAGUCAAAUUCCCACCCCUGGGGACCACAGACCUUGCAUCCUAAUUUCAAUGAACUAUAGGCACUCACAACACUUUAUUGCAACACUCAGCAUCUCCAGAGAGUAGUUACUUGGUGACAAAUGAACCCUACCCGGCCCAUUCCCUUACUGUGUUCAAAAUAGCGAUUGAAAUUAUGAGCGUAAACAACGUGAGUGAAAGAACAAUUUUAUAAUAUUAUGUGCUGAUUUAACAAAUGUGAAACCAAGAUCCACAGGGUUAAACUUCCACUCAUCCAUGAGAACAACUAACUCACAAUUUUACUCGUUUUUUGGCUAAUUUUACUCGUUUAGAUGAGUGAAUGACCAUUAGUUUCAAGCACUGUUGUAUUGAAAAACGUUUGGCAGGGUAGCAGCUACAUGUACAUGUAGUAAAAAAAUGUAAGUAGAUAGCAAAUUUUGGUAAAAAUGAGGUUUUGUGCAAAUGUAUCUCCUCAAAGUUGAGGGACAAAAUACCUUUUGUUAUAAUACAUGUAAUAUUCUCUAUAGAUCACUCAGUUUGAUGGGUAUGUGGGAAACUUCCCCCCCACGUAAGGGAAUCUGGAAUCCAGGAAAGUUUUGCUUGUGGAAUCCAGGAGAUACAACUCAAGAAAUCUGGAACCCAACCAAUGCAUAUUUUGAUUUUCCAACGCUCAUCGCUCAUUCUCAGGUUUUCUCCCCUUUCAAAGGUGACAGCUGAGUCAAAUUCCCACCCUGGGGCCAUUGUGGAUGUCAGAUACUAUUGUGGAUGGAAAUACUGUGUAUCAAGUAGUGACUGUAUAAAAAUGCUGUGAAGAACAGUCUAAACUAUGCGAUUCUUGUAGUGUGCGACAAGGAGUGUGUAGCACGAGACAUGAUUCUUGUCACACAAGAAAGGCGUCGCAACUGGUAACUUACUUUUGAGCAGUACUGUAUAUCUGCACUUGAAAUAUUUCAACUGCUGACACAUGUCAUAAAUUUGUCACUUAAACAUAAAUUAUUUCCAGAUAACUUGAAAAUUGCCAAAGUUAUACCAAUCUUUAAACAAGGCUCUCAUUUCUCAUGCAAUAGGCAAAUCUUUGCUGACGUCAUUGUUUACAUUUUUCCUCAUUAGUAUACAACGUAACUCAAAGAAGUGGUGGCUGUAUAUACAAACUAAAUUCAAAAGUUGAAAGAGCUGAUUAACUUAAACAAUUUGUGCAAUUUUCAGCUUAUUAAAAGCAAUAUUUAAGGAAAUAUCAGUCAUCUAAAACUGUGAAAUUGCUGGGUGGCAAAAAAGUUAAUGAGUAAUACAUUCUUUGUAAAAUUUGGAGUUUUUAAAAGAAAAUCUCUCUGAAACCAUUCAGUAUAUCGGGCUCAAAUUUUCAGAGAUAACUGAAAUUGUUAAGCUCUUUCAAUAUUCAGGUGUUUUAUUUUAUUAGCUUCAUAAGAUAAUGAUGAGCAUAAAUUAUGUCAUUGAGGCAGAAAAUGUAAACAGAGAUUUGCCUGUAACUAUUGCCCCAUAUCAGUUCUUUCAGCAUUGAGUCAAAUUUUUGAGAGAUGCGUUCUUAACCAAUUUAUCUCACCUAUGGUGAUAUUUUGGUACCAAAAAGUCUAAAAAUUGCCAACCAGUAUCUUUAGCAGUCUUACAGCAUUAAAAUACCUAGGAUUAGUUAUUGAUUGCUUUUUGUCUAGGCAUGACCGUAUUGACCAUAUCAGUAGUUAAAUUAGCAAAAGUGUAAAUUAUCAUUGCAAAACUGAAAUGACAUGUAACAACCCAAUCUUUGAUAAGCAUCUGUUAUGCACUUGUUUACCCCUAUUUCAACCAUGGUUACAUUCUGUGGGGUAAUAAUUAGGAAUCUCUAUUAUCACAGUUGGUAAAGCUACAAAACAAAGUUGUUAGAGUUAUUAAUAACCUUCCACUUCGUGAUCAUAUUACUCCUCAUUAUGUGAACCUUGGCCUAAUUAAGCUUUCUGACAUACUUAAAUACCUGCGGACUGUUUUAUGAUCACAUUGUAGUUAAAAAGCCAUCUAAUUUCACACUGGCCUUGGUAUCUAAGCAGCAUAAUAAUGACACCAGAAGUGUAUCCUUUCAGCACCUAAAUCCCAGUACAGGGAUAAAUAUACAUGUAAGAAAAUUCUGUCCGACAGUUAUACAGUAGGAUGUUAUUAUUGGAAUGAUAUUCCUUUAUCUAUUUAAGUGAAAAGACAACUAAAAAUGAGCACUAUAUUACUAUUAUCUUGCUUAGUAUUAAACAUCGCCACACCAACCCUCGAAUGUUAUACACCUGUUUCAAUUAAUGUUGCUCCCGUGAACCAUGUUUCAUGGCCUGCAGUGCACUGUGGUAAACCCUUUUGUAGCGGGAAGUUCGGUCUUGUUCACGUUCAUUGAAAUAAUGGAGACCAUUUGUGAGAAAGCUUCUUCCUUUAACAACAUUAAUGGAGUAGGGUUUUACGGCCUGAUUAAGCUGCGUUUUUGGAUGGGGCAGAAUGCUGGUUAUUUCGAUAAAGCAAGUCAAGGCUAUUAUUUUUUUAUUCAGUUUUAACAAACUUGCCUUAAAAAUACAUAAACGCGUAAUUUUAAGUUAUUUCUUGUAGUUCAACAUAUGCCUUGAAUUUGGUUUUUUUUUGACUCCAUCCAAAAUUCCCACGUGCACGGGCCAAGAAAAUUUGCAACAUUUGCAUAUUACCACAGAGCAAAACCUAAACUCAAAUCGCUGUCCCAAAAAGCCUAGGAUUCAGUGUUUUGAAAUACAUUGUCAUAACGUUCUGCUGACAUAGCAUUGAAGCGUCAGUAGCGUUUUCUUUCUAGGUUUCUAGGCUCCUCGCGGGCACGUAAUUUACUGGACUUGCUCCCAUAAUGCACCGUGGGCUAUGAAACAUGGACCAUCCAUCAAUCUUCACCGAAGCAAACUUUAUUGAAAUAGGUGUAUAGUAUUUUUUUGUGUGUACUUUCCUUUUUCCUCUCUCUUAUAUAUUUCAUAGUUUAUAUACUUCUCUUUUUUUUUCUCUUUUAUCCCAAAUGAAACUGUAAUUAUCAAAGGGCAUGUAAUUAGUUUCACUAUUAUCUUGCCCUUCUCCAUUUAUUCUUGUAAUCUGACAUUUAAUUCUUAAGAAUAAUAUCUUCGAAUCUGUAAUAUUGUAUAAAUGGCUUGCUUUUUCUUCCGACUCCACAUACGACUCCGUCACUUACGUUCCGCUUAUGAUCUAGUGAAAACCAGAUUGUUGGAGGGGUCGGAAGCAGAAGCAGAAGGAUAAACCAAUCACAAUGCACUUUCCCAUGCUUUGUGCUUUCAACUCCGAUGACCCAGUUUUCACAGAGUCGUAUGCGGAAUCAGAAAAUUCAGAACGCUUUUUUCACUACAGCGUUAAGUUCUACGCUUCUGAUAAUGACUCUGACUCCUUUGCUAGUGAAAACCAACCUUUACUGUUAUCUUACAAAAACCCUGAAUGCAUAAAGGCCACAAGAACUUUAAGUAUGGUUUAGUUUUAUAAACAGAUUUUAAAAGAAAAUAAUAGGUCAUUUCAAUAUAUUUGUGUUUUGAUCUCAUCCUGAGAUCUCUUAUCUGGUCAAGAGAUCUGGUCAAGUACGAAAAUUCAAUUUUUUUGUAUUGGCUAGAUUGUGAGGGAAGGUCACGAGUGUUGUCUUCUGUGCGCGCUAUGGUGUGUGCAAUUAUUUUUCAGUGAAAAUGUAGUUUUCUUCCUCAAUACAACUUGUAAAAACAUUUUUACAUGUAUAUUAUCUUCAACUUUUUAAAGCUCUCUCUCAUUAUCAAUAAACUCUUUUGAAAAGGGUAAAAAAAUCAUCGCCUAGAAGUUGACGCGUACUACUUUGAGGUUUUAGCGCACGCUAUGAGGAUUAAAUUUAAACUGUCAUGUUAAAUUUGAUGUGACAAACAACAACAACAAAUGAGUUGAUUUAUAAGAUGUGCGUAUAACCACGUUUUGUUAGACAAAAUCUUCACGGCUCUAUCAAAUUCUUUGUUUAGCAGGUCGAAAUUUGAGGGUUUGUUUCGAGCAUGCGCUCUUUCAUUGCCGGUCAUAUUCCUGACAGGCAAUGACGUGUACAAAUCGGACUUGACCAUAUCCGACUUUGGCUUCGUCAACAAGAGAUCUGGGUACAAGAGUAUUUGCAGGGAUCCAUAUUCCCAGUCGUCCAGUCGUCCAGUCGUCCAGUCGUCCCAGACGACUACAAUCUCGUACGGACGAUUAAGAUAACUUCCAAAGUCAACUACAAAAUCUUUUCAAAAAUUCUUAUAUGAUUUUAUACAUUUUCCCUGUGUUCUGAUUACUUCACAUCCACUUAAAACUUUUAGAACAACGGAUAAUAACUAGCCGUUUUUUGUCUGCAAUGAAAUUGUAAGUUUGGGCACCAUCUUUGAUAGUGCGGUAUUUUCUACAAUACGACCGCAGGCUCUGUUUGAAGUACUGCAUUCAAAGGCCAUUCGUAGAAAACGUGACAGCACACAUCAAGAUGUGGCGUUUUUUAGAAGGCGUUUUGUCGCCUUCGGCAGGCAAAAUAGUGAAGCAGAAGCUGGUGCCUUAUGUGCAUCAAGAUAUGACGUUUUUUAGAGGUCGUUUCGCUGCCUUCGACGGGAAAGAAAGGUGACGUAGUGUUUAAGUUGCACACAAUUCACAGACCUCUGCCAGCAUUGGUGCAUUGGUUAUUGCACAUGUAGCUCAAAAGAGUUUUACUACACUGAAAGCAUCCCAAAAAAGUAAAUUGUAUGGAACAAGACCCUGUUCAACAGUCCCUUAGCAGUUUGUUCUAUCCUCAGGCGUGCUUCAUGAAUUUUUCCCUCAGUUAUUUGUUCAUUGAAUUAUUUGAGCACUUUAUUAAUUUGCACAUUUUAAGAACUUAAGUCAUACAUGUAGUAUCUUCUUUGCUUUUAGCUAUUAAAAAUAGCUGUACAAAUGUAUGGUUUUUCGUUGAAGACUCUGAGAGGCCAAGAAGAGGAAGGUCUUAUCGUGGAGGUAGAGGAAGAGGUCGUGGCAACAGUUAUUAUCAAGAAAAGAGCAGCCAUCCACACCCUAGAUCUCACAUAGUUGAUGAUGAUGAUGACAUUGAUAUGGAUAAUGUUGGAAGAGGUGGUCACAGAUCUGAUUCAAGAUUGUAAGCAUUAAACAAUUUUAAUUCUUUAACUCUCCAGUGCCAAUUUUUGGGUGGCUACCUACCUUACAUGUACCUUCCUAAGUUAACCUGAAUUUCAUCUGAUUACUUUGAGUCGUUAUUACUUCCUCAGUAACGUCUGAAUCGACCGGCCGUUAAUGCCGUCCAGGCUAUUCGUAAGUAAGAACGCUGUGGUUUUGCUUUGACCGGUAUGCCUCCUGAGCUGUACUUGUCAUUGAGUUACAUGUACUGAUACACUCAAAAACCGAGCACCUUUUAGAAUGUUUAAUUCUUGGUAUUAGAUAGCCUGAAUUUCAUCCGAUUACUUCGAGUCGUUAUUACUCUCUUAGCAACGUCUGAAUCGACCGGCCGUUAAUGCCGUCCACUGACGUCGCUACUCCUUGACCUUUGCUUUAAUUCAUGCAAAAAGUAAACCACGAUUUUCAAGUGGCAAACCGAGAAAUAUCGUUUGGAAAUGUCUGCAUGAUACAGAAUUGCUUUAUUUUUUUCGACCGUAAUUCAUGUUUAACGUUCAAACUAUCAACUGCACGCAGUACAACUCUGAACCGGUUGUACUGAAUUCUAUAAUCAAACUUGGUCGCAAUCAAACACACACACGGAACACUUAGUUCAAAAAUACAAUGAUUUACUUUAAUUGAAAAGAAGCUAUUUGGUCCUUAACGAAGAAAAAAAACAAGGAAACAAGAAAGAAAAGCUAACAGAAUCAUUACACGUGACGGUGAAAAUAGCAAGCAGGUCGAAUUAUAAUAUUGAUCUCAGAAAACUUCACGUAAACAAAAUCACCGACCUUCGAAACCACAAAGCGGCUCUAAAUGAAAAACCUACCGACUCUCCGCAAUGAUUCUUCAUUCGUAGUUCAAUUUAGCAUUUCAGUUUCGAAGACAAGGGCAAUUUCGCAGUUUAAGAUAAAGAUUAAGCUUAUCGAAAUGUUUGAACUACACGAAAGAAUGCCAGGGAUGCGAUCCGCUGAAUAUCAAGCGACAAUCCCGCUAAAAUUUUUCUUAAUUAUACAUAAUUAUGCAAAUGUUUAGAGAAUCAACCAAUCAAAAUCACUACCCGGUUUUCGGGUAGUGAGUGACGUCACUGGACGGCAUUAACGGCCAGUCGAUUCAGACGUUACUGAGGGAAUAAUAACGACUCGAAGUAAUCGGAUGAAAUUCAGGCUAACCAGAACAAAAGUCAUUAAUAUUCAAUAGGCAUAUUGUCUAAUUCACUUUGAAGAUUUUAUCACACGUGAAGACCUUUAUACCUGAUAAAACUCUGCAAACUGAAAAGUCAGGAGAGGGCUUUGAAUUCAGCCUCGUGGGAUAUGGGUUUGACUGACGGAAACAAUGGAAUACCUAAUGAACGUGAAGUUUUAUUGAUGGUCCUCCCAGCAAAUAAAUGAAAAUUCAAGAAUUUGACAAAACUUAUCUUCCAGAAAAAGUUCAAAAAAACUUUUCAUCCCAAACAAAGAGGUCUUUAAGCUAGUCUAACCAGUCAGAACUUUUUCUAAAACGAAAUACUAAUUUUUCUAACCAAAAAACCCCCAAAUCACGGGCCAUGUUACCAUUUCAAAAAGGAGUUGGCGAAGUGAGUCACAAGCAACAAAAUUUACCUGUAAUUCUUACUAGUUUGCAAUUCCGUACACUGUACGAUUUAGCAACACUCUUCUUGAGGAAUUUUUCCUUUUGUGCAGCUGGUUGAUUCUAAAAUGUCUUUCAUUUUGAUAGCUGUAUUGCGAAGGCGAGUAGACGUUUAAACUGUUUACUCUAGUUGCGUAAUACAUUAUUUUACAUAAAUAUUUCUGCCCAACAAUUGCUAUUUUUGAUGCUUUUGCUUUUAAACUUUUUUCCAAUCAACACGUUUUAAAAGAAAAAAUAUAAUGCAUUAUUUAGCAAUCCUAUGGAGGUGAAAUACUCCGGGGACAUUUUUGAAGCUGUUCAAAGCACUCACAGCACUUGAUUUAUCACUGGUUGAAAAUUCUUGUGCCAGUGAUUAAUCACUGCUGUUUAUGUUUUAAACAUUACUUACACUUUCUGUGUUUUGAAAGAAAAGGCUGUACCUCUUCGUGUGUGCUUGAUUGAACAAAGAUUAAUUAGCUUAUGUCAUUUUAUUGAAAACAUUAACAACAUAACUUGCAAGUUAGGGAAUUCCCUUGAAAAGGAUAGAGUUAGGCUACACAGAUUUUUGUCAAACUUUGCACAGUUCACAGCCAUAUAUAGGACAUUCAAAAGCUGCAAUAAAAAGAUGGGUACAUCAACUGAUCCAGCCGCAGUGGAGAGACCUGGGAGGCCGGGGCUAAUGACGAGAAAAAACGAACAGAACUGCAACGCUGGGUAUACUAACUGGAACUAUAACAGCACGAGACGACUUGACCGAGGAAAGCAGAUCACUCUGCUCGCCUGGCGACGCAACAAAACUAUUUACACUAUGUACACAAGCCUAACUGGGCAUAACCGUCCAUUCAGUACCGUGCCAGAGGAAUUGGGAAAUGGACAGUUGAUCCGGGUGUGAUCACCUCCACAGUUACUGCAGUGGUGUCGAUAUUUGCACCUGCCAAAAGGCCAGCUGCACUGCACGUCGUUCCAUGAAUGGCAAAAAGGAGGGACCAGGCUGGUGUCACUGAUUCCGUGGAAGAAGACGACCGAGGUAGCGGGGGUGAAGCCAUGGCUGGAGACCUUAAGUGAAAGUUGUAUUGACCAGUCACUGAGGCCAGAGACAGCCGCGUCCUUUCUAAACACCAGGUCAUACUUUAACCAAGCUGAACCAGAGAAAUGACGAAUGAAUGAUAAGCAGCUUAUACUUGGACAGGUUGGGCCAACGAUGAGCAUGAACAGCGCACAACACCCUCUGAAAAAUAAUGAAGGAGUCGGUCCAAGUCAAAAUGUCUUUUUUUUCCACUUGCCUGCGUUUUGACGAAGAAACCACGAGCAUACCAUCAAGGAACAUUUGCAGCUCCUGCUCCGGCGCUCGGAGAUUUAUGGAAAACAAAUCUGCCAUUUCGACAAACUGGCCACCUACAAUUUUAGACACCAACUUUGAAGGAACAGGGGCAUGCCCCGGACCAACAGUACAAGCCUUCUCAGACUUAGGUAAUGCAAACGAAGACUCAAGGCUUUGAAGACUACUAGUAACGCCGGGCGAAACGAAAGUGGAGGGAGUAGGAGCCACGAGGCGGGCCGACCUCGAGAGGAUAAUGGCCGACACUGCCGUAAACUUAGUAACAAACACAGGAAGGCUAAACGUACCUUAUGCCACCGAAGAAACACCGUCACUUGUACUCGUACUCGGAGCGGACGCUGAAGAAAAUAAAGGUUGUGGAGCCUCGCUAGCAGAAACGCCCGCAACCGAAGAAGAAACGUGCGAGGGGGCGUUGCUCUGGAUCGAUGAAACGAUCGGGAAUGGAGUUUCUGAUUGCUCGAAGCACAGCCUCGGUGAGGGAGUCAGCUAACUGAGGCGACCAAGAACUGCAAGCCGUACUCUUCACAGGACUUGGGUAGGAAAGCGCGACGAUAAGCUUUUGCAGGUCGAGCGCGAUAGACGCGGCAUUACAAAGGAAAACAAAAAACUCUCCAGCAGAGGACGAACCACAACAGGAACUACGAGGAACAACAGUAACGAAAACCACUUCGACGAGAAAAAACUUUUGCACAGAACCAAGAGAAACGCUACGUUACUAGAACGCCACGCCACGCCAAGCUAACAAAGCUUCGAGUGCAACACAAACACAAGGUAGGCACAUGGCUUGCGCAUGCGCCCAAGCGACAUAUUGCUGGACGGGAAUCUGUCCCCAUGCUCACGAACAAUGGUAAACGCUUCAAAAGCAAACAUAGUCACGUAAUAGCGCUACAGACAGCCAACACGCCACCAAAGAACGCCAAAACACUAGAGACCAUAGCUGUUAGCCGUUAACUACAUUAAAUAUGAUUUAAUAGUAUUUAAUAAGGGAUGGUUCAUCAUAGAAGGAACUAUUUGCUUGCCACGAACAAUACCAGCUAAGACAGUGUUUAACAGAGAUAAAUACGUAGAUCUAAUUAUUGCGCUUUUCACAAACAUGCGAACUCUAAAGUUCAAAAGCCGCCUUCACAAUUGCGUUUUUCGCUGCCGUCAAUCAUAAUUACGAUCACAAGCAACGAACCUUGAAACACAGAAACACACACUGACGGAUCGAAAUCCACCAAUCACAAAUCGCAAACCUUGACCUUUUGAACCCGUUAAAGUAAAGUUUUGUUUCCUAAGAGGUCCGUUAAGAUGAUUGACGGCAGCGAAAAACGCAAUCGUCGGUUGGCUUUUGAUUUUCAGAAUUCGCAUGUUUGUAAAAAGCACAGUAAUAAGAAGUGAACAGUUUAUAUCCUGGACACAAAGUAUAGAAGUUGAGUUUGAUUUGCUAGCUGCGUACCCCAUUAACCUAAAUGUAGAGAAGGGACUAGCUAAGUUUUGGAAGAGAAGAAAGUCGAAAACCUUACGACAGAAAGGUCACAGAAAUGGAUAAUUUCUAAAAACUGUGAAAUUGCUAAAAGGUUCACGAUGCAAUGACAGCCGCUGCUUGGCUUCAUUAACUAAUUCAUGAAGAUUAAUUCUAGUAAUUUAAGUUUAGAUUUUGACUGAAUUAAUAUUGAUUUUCAUUCUAUAUUACUAUGAUUGAUUUUUAUAAUCUUAUUGUACAUUUCAUUAGAAGCCUUUGCAUUUGUACUUGAAGUUUAUUUCUGCUUUUGUAUGUUGUGGUUCAAUUUUAUCCUUGGUUUGAAUUUUAUUUGCCUUUGUUUUCGCGCCACCGUUGCGUGACGAGCCUAAAAACGGCUGCGAUGGAGCCAAGUUCGCGUGAAAAUUGUUAUAAGCUUACUUCGGGCCGUAGUACAGAACUGAAACUUUGAUCUAUCGGCGGGGAAUUUAACCGGCAAACUAAUAAAUUUGGGUUUUCCACGGUGUAUCACGAAUUCCGAGCUAGAUUCCGGGGGGAAAAGACAAGUUUUGGACAAUAAAAGCCAAACUGAAACGCACUUUGGAAAAACUCGUCUGCGCAAAGAGACGCACUGAAAAUUGCCCUUGUAUCUCGAUUUUCGCUCACAUUUUGAAGCUACUUGCCCAAAUUGAUUUAAUGUUUUCUGUAAAAUACUUUUGCGGUAAAUAUUUCGAGCCAGAAUAAUAAAUAAGAACAAGCUGAAAAGUCACCAACUUAUCCUAGAUACCUUGGGUCGCAGUGGCGCAAUCGGCUAUUUCCGCAACUUACGGUCUCAUCUGACCUGGUGGGUCACACAAGUGAGUCGGUUCAAACCCCGGCCAAGGCCUAAAAAGUACUUCUUUUUUCCUCCGAUAUCAAAGAAAUCGAACUGAUCUCGAUAUAUCUCGAACUAAUUCGGCGCUCGCUUCGUCAAAUAGCCGACUAAAGCCGAAUACUUACAAACUUUGCAUGUCCAAUCUCGUUCCAAAAAAGCAACUUUGGGACAUUCCUGAGCGUCGCGAAUGCUUUGCUUCGCGCUCCGCCGAAGUAAUAAAAUUGAAACCAAGGAUAAAAUUGAACCACAACAUAUAUCCAUAAACUAAAAACAUGGCUCUUCGACUGUGUCUAACUACUACACUAUCUAGCCAAGUGCAUGUAAUCCAAUCAUCAAUUAGUAUGAGAUUUUCUUUACUACAAAACUAUGAACAGUGAAAUGAUUAUUUUACAAUAAGUUCAAAAAUUCUGGAAAAACCAGUGAAAACAAAAAGUGUGGACAGUGGAAUGAUAAUAAUAAUAACGGAAAACGAUAGGUUCCUAAAUUAAAGAAAAACUAGCGAAAAGGUCACCACGAAUGCAACCUUGCCCUCGCCUUAGUUUUAAGGUGAUUUGUCACCUGACUCUUGAAAUGACUAAAUUCUGUGGAGUUCCUGAAAUGGUGUAGUAGCGCCUUGAAAACAUUGGCAGGGCUGUCUUGGAAGGUACCUGAUUCUAAUGGCACCUGCAACAUACCUUGUCUAGAUGAUCGUAGCUCCCUUGUAUUGGUUCGAGUGUUUAACUUAAGAUAUGUGGGUCAAUCCUCAAAGUACAGUGUCUUGAAUACAUCACUUACAAGUGCUGCUUCUUGCUUUCGACGACUGGGAGUCACGCUAGCUUAAGAAAAUCACGCUUGGUUGCAUAGCACUCUAAAACAAAACUAGCAGCCGCUAACUGUACUCGCUGAAGUCACUUAACAAGAUAAUCUGGUAUAGGAUCACUGACAAUGUCAUUAUAAUCGAUCUCUGACAAAAUAAGACACUCUGCUAAGUGUUUUCUGACAUUAUACGGGGCUAGGUAUUUCAACUUCCUCCGUACGGACAAAGUUCCAUAACAACUUGAGAUCUUGGAGUUUAUCUUUGAUUUCAGGUUGAGAUUUCGUGCACCUCUGUACCAAGUAAGCAGAACGUUAAAACUCGCUCGAGACUCUUUCAAUUUGCGCAGAGAUUUAUGGAGUUUCCGUCUGGUCCAUGAGUUUGUGACAUCUAGGGAGCUGAAAGAAGCAUUUCGCUAGUCUUCGUAGGGUUGAGCACCAAGUUACUUCGGGAUGACCAGGUAGACAGCUUGUUCAGCGCAGCCUACGUCUCCCCUGACAACUCUUAAGUGGUUUUCAAGGAGGUCACCACUAAGAUUAAACAAUAUUGAAAUUACCAAUACUAAUAUUAUUACAAUCAAGCUUAAAAAAGACUUCACUAUUACGGAAAUGUAAAGGGCAAACAGCCUAAAAGCUUAAAGGCUAAAAAGGCUAUAAGACUAAGAAGGCUCAAAUGAAAAUAUUACAAACUAAAAUAACUGGCAAAUAAAACUCAUUUAUGUCCUGCUAGGUAGUUUGUAGAGUCAUUUUGUGCCAUAGGUUUGAGUUAUGGGUUAUUUUCCAACGUCACUUUUAAACAGUCUUUACAUGUAAAUGAGGCUACAGUCUUGGAAAGGAUGAAAUUUAACAGCAAACCUCCAUCUCCUCGAAGUCAAGGAUAAAGCCGUGCGAAAGCCAAAAUGCCAUUGUCUCAUUCUGAGGUUUUUUUUGAGGGGGGGGGGGGGGGGUCUAAAUUUUUCAUCAUUUUUGUCCAAGAUUGUAGAAAAUUAAUAGCUGGCACUUUUUGGGGAUUUUUUUCUCUGAAAAAUGACUUUAAGCAGCUUUUACACAUGUAAUUGUAUUACAACAAUAACUGCUGCUUAUAGGAAUAGCUUAUCAUUAAGGGACCAAAAAUUCCAACGGUAACGGCAGGAGAGUAGUUAGACACUAUCAAUUUUGUGCCAUGCUCCCUGAGAAGACUGUUUUGCAAGGCUAAACUGUUAA